AUGUUGUCUUACAUGGUGCCUGUUGAGGAGAAGCCGCCUCCGGUGCCGGGCAAGGGGCGGAUGGCGUUAGAGCUGGCUGCAAGUCCCGGCAGUCCAGAAUCGAUGGCAAGACGAGCGCGGACAAAUAUAUCUAAAGAGUCAUCGUCAAGUUCCUUCGCUAGUGAUCUUACUGUAUCGUCGUCUACUCCCUCGGGGGUUCUGGACAAGCCAAAACAUAAGCUACUCAGUAAUGGAAAUAAACAUACAUCCUUGAAGAGGGUGUCCUUCGGCAGCAGCAAAGGAUCUAUGGUGGAGACGCUGAUCUACGAGAGUCCUCUUCAAGAAGAGCCAGAAAGCAGCCCACCGCCGAAACUCCAAGAGACUGCAUUCUCAUACACGCCCGUCGAAGACGAGUAUCUAGUGAUUACCGGUGGCAAGUCGUGUAAGCAAGUUGUAUAUCUGAGUUCGGAGCGUUCAAAGGUCCGCGUGUCCUUCUACCAGGGGGCCAGGCCGCAGUGUCUAUCACCACCGCCUGCACAUCCGGAGUCGCACGUUCUCUACGCCAAUUUGCUGUCGGCUGCAGCUAACGCGGACAUGGCAGAACACGUUAUGUACAAUAGGCAGAUAAGCACGGAGAGCGGUUGGGACAACCCCUUCCGGCCUGACGGUGACCUGAGCAGAGAGGCGGAUGAGAUCGUCUCUUUGAUCAAGGGUGGGAAACCCAUCACGCCAACACCACCAGCCGGUAAUCCGUUGCUCCCCGCUGAUGAGGACAAAGAGGAGAAGACUGUCGCUAAUAAUGUGAACGCCAGUCCGCCGGCAUCGCCGCAGACUAAAGUGGCCAGUCCAGUCCAACAAAGUACACCGAAAGCCAUGAAUGGCACCAAAAACGGUACAGCAGUGACCGAGGUACGCGCCGGCCAAGUCGAGGUCCAGCGUUCCCCACCCCAGGAGCCGUUGCAGCCGGAACACGUGACCCUCAAGAAGAAACCCAAAUGCAAAUGCUGCGUCGUCCAAUAA